UUCUCUGAAAGAUUCGCGGGCGCACUGAUGAAUACCACUCCUUGCCUGCAUGGGCUUUCACCUGCAACUUCAAACAAUUUGGAUUUCCACCCAAACCACAGGACUCCAAGAGUUCACCUUAACGUCCGAAAGGAAACCGCCCGGGAAGAGUUCAUUUCAGAGCCAAAGGAAAGCGGAGUGGAGGUGAAGCCUCCCAGUCUCCUCAGGGAUAUAAAUGGCCGCUGAAACCAAGAAACACUCCCUCCUGUCCAGCCUGGAUCCUCCUGCUGCUGCCUUACAACUCCGCUGAUCACGCGUGGCCCCGGGAGCCCAUUGGCCGACGCCUCACACACCUUUGCCGCUGAUUGGCCGGCCGCAGGCUCCGCCCCCGCCCCCGCCCGCGGCGCGGGGCAGGCGGAGAGGCUACCUGAAUGGGGAGGGGGCAGACGGCGCGCAGCGCGGCGGCGGCGGGAGCGACGUCGAGUGUCUCCGGGCGCCCGUCUGUGGCCAAGCAGCUAAGCAGCGUAGCAGCCAGUCAGCUCGUCGCCGGCAGCCAGGCAGCCAACCAUGCUCAACUUCGGCGCUUCUCUCCAGCAGGCUUCUGAGGAAAGGAUGGAAAUGAUUUCUGAAAGAUCGAAAGAGAGUAUGUAUUCAUGGAACAAAACUGCAGAAAAGAGUGAUUUUGAAGCUGUAGAAGCACUUAUGUCAAUGAGCUGCAGUUGGAAGUCUGAUUUUAAGAAAUACACUGAAAACAGACCUGUUACUCCAGUAUCUGAUAUGUCGGAGGAAGAGAAUCUACUCCCGAGUACACCUGACUUUCAUACGAUCCCAGCAUUUUGUUUGACUCCACCUUACAGCCCUUCUGACUUUGAGCCCUCUCAAAUGUCAAAUUUGAUGGCAUCAGCGCCAUCUACUGGACACUUCAAAUCAUUCUCAGAUCCUGCCAAGCCUCACAUUGCUGCACCUUUCAAAGAGGAAGAGAAGAGCCCAGCACCUGCCCCCAAACUCCCCAAGGCUCAGGCAACCAGUGUGAUUCGUCAUACAGCUGAUGCCCAGCUGUGUAACCACCGAUCUUGCCCAGUGAAAGCAGCCAGCAUCCUCAACUAUCAGGACAAUUCUUUUCGAAGAAAAACCCACCUAAACGUUGAGGCUGCAAGAAAAAACAUACCGUGUGCAGCUGUAUCACCAAACAGAUCCAAGUGUGAGAGAAACACGGCGGCAGAUGCUGAUGAGAAAGCAAGUCCUGCACUUUAUGACUUUUCGGUGCCUUCCUCAGAAACCGUCAUCUGUAGACCUCAGCCAGCCCCUGUGUCCCCACAACAGAAGUCGGUGUUGGUCUCUCCGCCUGCAGUAUCAACAGGUGGAGUGCCACCUAUGCCAGUCAUCUGUCAGAUGGUUCCCCUCCCUGCAAACAACCCCGUUGUGACGACAGUUGUUCCUAGCACUCCACCCAGUCAGCCACCAGCUGUCUGCCCGCCUGUUGUGUUCAUGGGCACUCAGGUGCCCAAAGGCGCCGUCAUGUUUGUCGUACCCCAGCCUGUUGUUCCGAACCCAAAGCCUCCAGUCAUGAGCCCAAACGGCACCAGACUGUCUCCCAUUGCCCCCGCGCCAGGGUUUUCCCCUUCCACAGCAAAAGUCACUCCUCAGAUUGACUCCUCCAGGAUAAGAAGUCACAUCUGUAGCCACCCCGGAUGCGGCAAGACGUACUUCAAGAGCUCUCAUCUGAAGGCCCACAUGAGAACACACACAGGAGAAAAGCCUUUUAGCUGUAGCUGGAAAGGUUGUGAAAGGAGGUUUGCCCGUUCCGAUGAACUGUCCAGACACCGGCGAACCCACACAGGUGAGAAGAAAUUUGCUUGUCCCAUGUGUGACCGACGCUUCAUGAGGAGCGACCAUUUGACCAAGCAUGCCCGGCGCCAUCUGUCCGCCAAGAAGCUACCAAACUGGCAGAUGGAAGUGAGCAAGCUAAACGACAUUGCCUUACCUCCAACCCCUGCCCCCACGCAGUGACCACUCAGAAGAUGAGAGUCUGAAGUAACUUUGGUCACAGCCAGGAGCCAGCGGUGAUGUAAAAAUGCUUCCACCGCAAGUCUGUGUCCCUCCAGUGUGGCUGAACGCAGGGCCCCCCAGCCUGAGGAGAAGCCUCCGCCCUGGGCUAGAGGACAGGAAGUGCUGCCGCCACAAGCAGGUCACAGAGUGGCAGGAUUCAUUUCUUAUCACAUAAGAGAGAUGAGAAAGCUUUUAUUCCUUUAAAUAUUUUUUGAAGGUUUCAGAUGAGGUCAACACAGGUAGCACAGAUUUUGAAUUUACGUGCACAACUUAUUACUUAGUUUUCACCGUUUAUACUUGAGACCAACUUUUCAAUGUGAUUCUUCUAAAGCACUGGUUUCAAGAGUCAAGACUGGAAAUAAACAUUACGGUACAGAGAUGGAGAUGGAAAAUUGAUUUGUAUUACAAAUAUUGGCAUCUUUUCCUAGUUACCUUGUUUACUAUUCCUAGUCUUUCCAGUCAACUUCGUGGAUGUAGUUGCUAAAUAUAUCUAGAGCUAGCAUUUUUAUACUUGCUAACAUUUGGAAUUCAGCAGCUUGUAUAUUGCUGAAGAGGGCCCAAAGAAUUGGAAUCCUCAAUAAUUUAAUUGCUUUGGAGUAUUGCUAUAAUUUUUUUGCCAUUUUUGUUUUGAAAGUUUAGCAGAUGACUAUAUCUAGGCAUUUAUUAUGCUUUGAACUUUAGUUUGCCUGCAGUUUCUUGUGUAGAUUUGAAAAUUGUAUACCAAUGUGUUUUCUGUAGACUCUAAGAUACAUUGCACUUUGUUUAGAAAAAAAAUUGAAGAUAAAAAUAUAUAUUGUAAAGAAGGGAUACCAAGACUUAGAUAACUCCUUGAAAAAGAUGACUUCUGUCAUCCGUAAAGUACCCUUAUAUUAUGAGGAUAUAAUGUGUGCUCUAUUGAAUUAGAAAGUUAGUGACCAUUAUUCACAAGGACAAAUGUCCUGUUAAUUUAUAGGAGUUUUUGUGGGGGAAGGAAGUGGAAUUAGGUGAAUAGAAGUUGUUAAAACAUUCACUUCUGUUAACGGUAUUUUGUUAUAUUCUGUUGUGUAGUGGAUGUUACAUACAGUGAUAAAACAAAAGUAAAUUGUUUAAAAUAUACAGUGAAAAAUGGCACUGUAUCUCUCCGUUUAACAUUUUUCUCUAUUGGGUAUUGAUUUCUGACAUCAAAACUUGGACCCUUGGAAAACAAGAAUUUUUCUUUUAAUUGAAAAAAAACUUUGUGAUUUACAAUUUGCACAAUAUCUCUUUUGUUGUACUUUAUAUCCUGUUUACAAUAAACAUUUCCUUUGGUAUA